UCGCUUGUAGCUAUGGAAACUCGUCGAUGGCAACAUCCACCAGUCUGCUCUGCCCCCCAUCCUCAUACCUCUCAGAGGUGCUGAGUGUGCGCGACCGUAACCGAUAACCGAGAGGCUGCAAGAUGGCGAUCACGCGACUCGUGGCUUGUUUCCUUCUGUACACCAGCGUCGGCCACAUACCAUCAUCGCUCGGGGUAAUCCUCCGAACCACAGACAAGGUUGUGUGGGCAAAUGAGUUUGAGCCCAUCGAACUGACCUGUUUAAUAGAGUCCAUAUCCACAAACAACCCGAGGAUUGAAUGGAAAAAGAUUAAGAACGGUGUCCCCAGUUAUGUGUACUUCCAGAACAGAAUAGCAGGGGACUUGCAGCACAGAGCUCAGCUCAGAGAGCCAGCCAACAUCGUGAUCUUCAACACCAGCAGGUCGGACACAGCAGAGUACCGCUGCGAGGUGGCCGCCAUCGAUGAUCAAAGGGACUUUGAUGAGAUACUGAUUAGUCUCGCGGUGAGAGUGAAACCAGUCGUACCGCGGUGCAGCGUGCCAGAGGCGGUCACAGUUGGAACAUCGACCGAGCUGCGAUGUCUGGAGAACGAGGGCUUCCCUGCUCCUCAGUACCGCUGGUUCCACAACACCGAGGAGCUUCCUCAGGACCCCAAAAUCAGCCCCAAGCUGGUCAAUUCUUCAUACAGCAUCAACCCUGACACCGGAAGCUUGAAAUUUCGAAGGGUGAGGAAGGAGGACGCAGGGGAGUACUACUGCCAGGCAAAGAAUGAUGCCGGACAUGCACAGUGUCCCUCACAAACGAUGGAAGUCUAUGAUGUCGACAUCCUCGGGAUUUUCCUCAAGGUGUUUGGCGUGGGAUCUGUUUUCUUGUGUUUGGGUGCAUUCCUUUGUCAUUGCCUUAAACAUGGAUGCAUCUCCAAAAAAGGCCUCAAUGAAAAUAACUUCAACUGGCCAGCACAGAAUGAUGGCGUUGAUUAUGCCGAUGCAGAUGAGGGCCAUUUCCGCCAUAAGUCCUCAUUCAUCAUUUGACAGCGGAGACGAAGGACAAAAUGAAACCACGACAAAAGCAAAAAACUAUUGAGGUUGAAUUGCUACAAUGAUUUUCCAGAUGGUAAAGUUUGAGGUGUAACAUGGCACAUUAUUCUUGGAUGCACAUCAAAAUGAAAUCAACAAACUUGCCAAAGUAAUUUUUAUAUCAUAUAUUUUUUGUUUUUAAGUGUGAUAUCGAUUUUUUCUGUUAAUAUUCCAUUUGAAACAUUUUUUAACUCCAUGUUGUUAUUAUACAUUAAAACCAUUUCAAAACUGUGGAAUUUGAUAUUUGGCCCACAGCGUCAAGCAAAAGAUGCUAAAAGCUACAUUCUUUAACUUUAUACUGAG